GUUUUACGCCAGUUGGACAUGGGGGGAGGCUUCUACGUCAGUAAGGUUGCUGGGGUGGUGGGCAUUGUGUUUGGUGCAGGGGCAGUGGCCACCAUCAUUGCGUUGGCAGUCGUUUAUUCUCAAGAGGUAGCCAAAAACGAGGCUGUCAGUCCGACUAAUGGAGGUUCCACUGUCAAGCCACAGGUCACCACACCUGUCAUAACCACAACUGCGCCCUCAAAUGAACCAUGGGACAAGUACCGUCUCCCAGACACUCUGAAGCCUGACCACUACAACCUGACCCUGUGGCCUCGACUCACCGUCAACGCACAAGGCCUCUACAUCUUCACAGGGAAAUCCUAUGUGGUCUUCCAAUGUGUGAAGGAGACAGACCUGAUCCUCAUACACUCCAACAAGCUGAACUACACCAAGUGGGAUGAUGGCCAUCUGGCUAAACUGACUGCUCUCGGUAGCACACCCGCACCAACCAUAAAGAAAUCCUGGCUACAGCUAACGACUCAGUUCCUGGUAUUGGAACUGAAUGGCAAGUUAGCUGAAGGAGCAUCCUACCAGCUGGACACAGUGUUUGUUGGGGAGCUGGCUGAUGACUUGGGAGGCUUUUACAGGAGUGUAUAUAUGGAGGAGGGAGAACAAAAGUAAGUUGUAAUGAAGCUUAAACUCUGUAAUGCUGAUGUAGAUUGACUUGAUAGAUUUCAUAUUUCAUAUUUGAUUACACCUACAUUUGACGAAACAAUUCUGAACCAUUGUACUGUUUGUCUCAGAGUUGUUGCAACAACUCAAAUGCAGCCCACAGAUGCCAGGAAAGCCUUCCCCUGUUUUGAUGAGCCUGCAAUGAAAGCCAUCUUCCACAUCACACUCCUUCACCCCCCUGAGACAGUGGCCCUGUCCAACGGCAUGGAGCAUGGUCAGUACUGUGAAUGUUUAAAGCACGCUUUGGCCAUAAUGCAGAAAUGCUGCAUUAUGAUUCUUAUCAAAACAUCUUAUUGUCUGCUCUUCUCUUUUCCUAAUUCUUGCUCAGCUCCUGUUCUAGUCAAUGAGGUGGGGCCCGAGGGGCCCGUGAAUGUUUGGAGGACAUCUUUCGACGAAACAAAGAAAAUGUCAACAUACUUGUUGGCAUUUAUUGUCAGUGACUAUGACUAUAUUAACAGCACAAUAGACAGUGUUCUGGUAAUGUAUUUUACUUAUUCUUUAGAAUAACAAAAUUCAGUACCAUUUUGCCAUUUGUCACAUUCAAGGGAAAAGCUCAUAAUGUACUUGUGUCAUAAACUCUAUGUGGAUAUAAUUGUGUUUGUGAUAUAAAUUGUUUUCAGAUCCGGAUCUAUGCCCGCAAAAAAGCCAUUGCUGAUGGACAAGGAGAGUACGCCCUCAAUACAACAGGACCAAUCCUGAAAUUCUUCGAAAAAUAUUACAAUGCCACCUACCCUCUGCCAAAGUCAGGUAAGGGUUUUAUUUAAGUUUAAUUUCUUACAUCUUUAUAGGUUUUAGAUAAUAGAUUUUUUCCUAGGUUUCAGACACUUCUUUAUGGGAAGCUGUAUGGUGUCAAUUAUUUACUGUUAAAACGUAAUAACUAUUUUGUUCUUAACUCUUAUAUGGCUUCUGUUAAGUCUUUAUUCAUGGAGUUAUAGUAGCUUUAUAGUACCGUAUAUGGCUGAGAAUGUGUUGUCCUUUUUAUUGGCUGAUUCUUUCUUCCAGACCAGAUUGCUUUGCCUGACUUCAAUGCUGGAGCAAUGGAGAACUGGGGACUCAUUACAUACAGAGAAACAGCCCUCUUGUACGACCCUAAGAUGUCCUCCAAUUCAAACAAAGAAAGGAUCGCCACCAUUAUUGCUCAUGAACUGGCCCACAUGGUAUGUGAACUGCAUACAGUACUGUACAUACAAUAUACUCUACCUCCCUGUUUUUUCAUAAAAUGAUUUACUGGGUCAUGUAUUUGAUUAUACAUUUGUGAGUAAAUGCAGUUACUGUAUGUUUUAGCAAUUCAUAACCUACUGUAUAUUAUCUUAAUGUCUUACGUUAGCUGAUUACCUUGGAUUGAAGUCAACCUGUUUUGUUUUGAAUGGUCUGGUAAUUAACAUGAAUCUCUUCCUUUCAGUGGUUUGGAAACCUUGUGACACUGAGGUGGUGGAAUGAUCUGUGGCUUAAUGAGGGCUUUGCGUCCUACGUAGAAUAUCUUGGGGCCAAUGACGCAGAGCCUGACUGGAAUAUUGUAAGUGUUUCAACUAUUUUUCCAGCCAUCUCAGACCUUCAUUUGGACAGCUUUCUGUCAUUAAUAUGAUUUUCUUUGGCUGAACAAAUUAUGAAGACAAUGCACAUCAAUUAUCCACAUGGAGUGGACUGGAGAGGUCCCCCUCAUUGUCUCAGUGUAUAAUCAUGUCCUUUCCCUCCACAGAAAGACCUGAUAGUUCUGGGUGAUGUGCACAGGGUGUUUGCAGUAGAUGCUCUGGUCUCAUCUCACCCCCUGUCCUCCAAAGAGGAGGACAUCCAGAAGCCUGAACAAAUCAGUGAACUGUUUGAUGCCAUCUCUUACAGCAAGGUACGCUCAAGUAUUUUCUCUGCCAUGAUCUUUGAAGAACAAAUAUAAGAUUGAUAUCGACAUAAUUCAAAUAAUAAAACAUGACUGUAAUUGUGUUGCUAUUCAUACAGUGCCUUGCAAAAGUAUUCAUCCCCCUUGGCGUUUUUCCUAUUUUGUUGCAUUACAACCUGUCAUUUAAAUUGAUUUUUAUUUGGAUUUCAUGUAAUGGACAUACACAAAAUAGUCAAAAUUGGUGAAGUGAAAUGAAAAAAAUAACUUGUUUCAAAAAAUUCUAAAAAAUAAAUAACGGAAAAGUGGUGAGUGCAUUUGUAUUCACCCCUUUUGCUAUGAAGCCCCUAAAUAAGAUCUGGUGCAACCAAUUACCUUCAGAAGUCACAUAAUUAGUUAAAUAAAGUCCACCUGUGUACAAUCUAAGUGUCACAUGAUCUGUCACAUGAUCUCAGUAUAUAUACACCUGUUCUGAAAGGUCCCAGAGUCUGCAACACCACUAAGCAAGGGACACCACCAAGCAAGUGGCACCAUGAAGACCAAGGAGCUCACCAAACAGUUCAGGGACAAAGUUGUGGAGAAGUACAGAUCAGGGUUGGGUUAUAAAAAAAAAACUGAAACUUAGAACAUCCCACGGAGCACCAUUAAAUCCAUUAUUUAAAAAAUGGAAAGAAUAUGGCACCACAACAAACCUGCCAUGAGAGGGCCGCCCACCAAAACUCGAGGACCAGGCAGGGAGGGCAUUAAUCAGAGAGGCAACAAAGAGACCAAAGAUAACCCUGAAGGAGCUGCAAAGCUCCACAGCGGAGAUUGGAGUAUCUGUCCAUAGGACCACUUUAAGCCGUACACUCCACAGAGCUGGGCUUUACGGAAGAGUGGCCAGAAAAAAGCCAUUGCUUAAAGAAAAAAAUAAGCAAACACGUUUGGUGUUCGCCAAAAGGCAUGUGGGAGACUCCCCAAAUAUAUGGAAGAAGGUACUCUGGUCAGAUGAGACCAAAAUUGAGCUUUUUGGCCAUCAAGGAAAACACUAUGUCUGGCGCAAACCCAACACCUCUCAUCACCCCGAGAACACCAUCCCCACAGUGAAGCAUGGUGGUGGCAGCAUCAUGCUGUGGGGAUGUUUUUAAUCGGCAGGGACUGGGAAACUGGUCAGUGAUCCAAUUGACAUUUUAGUCACUUAGCAGACGCUCUUAUCCAGAGCGACUUACAAUUAGUGAGUGCAUACAUUUUUCAUACUGGCCCCCCGUGGGAAUUGAAGGAAUGAUGGAUGGCACUAAAUACAGGGAAAUUCUUGAGGGAAACCUGUUUCAGUCUUCCAGAGAUUUGAGACUGGGACGGAGGUUCACCUUCCAGCAGGACAAUGACCCUAAGCAUACUGCUAAAGCAACACUCGAGUGGUUUAAGGGGAAACAUUUAAAUGUCUUGGAAGGGCCUAGUCAAAGCCCAGACCUCAAUCCAAUUGAGAAUUUGUGGUGUGACUUAAAGAUUGCUGUACACCAGCGGAACCCAUCCAGCUUGAAGGAGCUGGAGUAGUUUUGCCUUGAAGAAUGGGCAAAAAUCCCAGUGGCUAGAUGUGCCAAGCUUAUAGAGACAUACCCCAAGAGACUUGCAGCUGUAAUUGCUGCAAAAGGUGGCUCUACAAAGUAUUGACUUUGGGGGGGUGAAUAGUUAUGCACGCUCAAGUUUUCUGUUUUUUUUGCAUCUUCAAAGUGGUAGGCAUGUUGUGUAAAUCAAAUGAUACAAACUCCCCAAAAAUCAAUUUAAAUUCCAGGUUGUUAGGCGACAAAGUAGGAAAAAUGCCAAGGGGGUGAAUACUUUCGCAAGCCACUGUAUAUAUUAGUUUUAGUUGUAUCUAUGUCAUGUAUCGUCAUUUGCAUUAUGUGGCUUUCCACAGGGAGCAUCAGUGUUGAGAAUGCUCUCUGAUUUCCUGUCUGAAGAUGUCUUCUCCAAAGGACUCAGCGUAUGUACAGUAUAUUACCAUAUUAUUAAUAUUUAAUAGAGCAAAAAUAGUAAUCUCUGGCUGUCAUAAGAGAAGAUUAAGUACAGGGUAGAUGUAGUAAAAUAUGUCAAUACAUCUAUAAGUUCAAAGCAAUUAUGUUUGUUUAUUGUGUUGCUGAAUAACGUUUCUGUAUAUUUUUUCCCCUUUUCUCCCACAGACAUACCUGAACACGUUUGCCUAUGAUAACACAGUGUAUACCGACCUCUGGGAUCACCUCCAAAUGGUACGUUUUCUCUCUAUUAUUACAUAAUCAAACCCUGAAACAACAGUAGUGAUAACUUGUUUAAACUCAUAUAAACAAAUAAAAUAUAUAUAUUUGUUUUAACCUUAACGUUUCUUUCCUUCCUCUCUAGGCAGUAAACUCCACUGGCACUGGUGUGUCACUUCCCACCGGCCAAACUGUGCAUAGCAUCAUGAACCGCUGGGUCCUUCAGAUGGGUUUCCCAGUGGUCACCAUAAACACAGUCACUGGAGAGAUCUCCCAGAAGCACUUCCUUCUGGACCCUGCCACUGCGGGGAGUGCACCACCAUCUGACUUCAAGUACGUCUGAAUAAAAAUUAAGAAUAAUUGCAAUCUAAGUUGAGGAUUAAACAAAUGGUAGCACUUUACUAUAGUGUGGGUAUACAUAACACCUUUCUGAACCAGUCAUAACACCUUUAUGAGUGUCACAGUAUCAUUCAUAACAACCUUAAUCAAUACUAAUAAAAAACUGUAUAGCACGCAAUAACCUAAUGAUAAUGUCCACCCCAGUUAUGAGUGGAUAGUUCCAAUCAGGUGGAUGAAGAAGGGAGUUGUACAGCAACAGACAUGGCUAGAGGACACAAAUGGUACGUAUUAGAACCACUGAUGAUGUGGGAACCUGUCAAAUGUAUUGUGGUAUAUUUAAAGCAAUAAACAUGUUGUGGUGCCAUAUUCUUUCAAUUUUUUAAUAAUCGAUUUAAUGGUGCUCCGUGGGAUGUUCAAAGUUUCUGAUAUUUUUUUAUAACCCAACCCUGAUCUGUACUUCUACACAACUUUGUCCCUGGCCUGUUUGGAGAGCUCCUUUGUCUUCAUGGUGCCGCUUGCUUGGUGGUGCCACUUGCUUAGUGGUGUUGCAGACUCUGGGGCUUUUCAGAACAGGUGUAUAUGUGGUCCUCAGUAGCUCAAUUGGUAGAGCAUGGUGCUUGUAACGCCAGGGUAGUGGGUUCGAUCCCCGGGACCACCCAUACGUAAAAAUGUAUGCAUGCAUGACUGUAAGUCGCUUUGGAUAAAAGCGUCUGCUAAAUGGCAUAUUAUAUUAUUAUUACAUUUUAGUCAUUUAGCAGACGCUCUUAUCCAGAGCGACUUACAGUUAGUGAAUACAUAUAUUUUUAUUUUUAUCUUUAUACUGGCCCCCCAUGGGAAAUGAACCCACAACCCUGGCGUUGCAAACGCCAUGCUCUAUCAACUGUGCUACAUCCCUCCCCUACCCUGGGCCAAUUGUGCGCCGCCCAUGAGUCUCCCGGUCGCGGCCGGCUGCGACAGAGCCUGGAUUCGAACCAGGAUCUCUAGUGGCACAGUUAGCACUGUGAUGCAGUGCCUUAGACCACUGCGCCACUCAGGAGUAUUAAACAGUUAAUGGAUGGAGAUGAGGAAAAGUUAAGGGUUACAGUACUACCAAGAUAAUCUUAUCAAAGAGCAUUAUUUAGAUGUAAUAUGACGAUUUGGAAAAUGACAUGUUGCUUUUGUCCCUAAAUAUUAAGCUAAUAAGCCUGAAAUGAGAGUCACUGGGGACAACUGGAUUCUGGCCAACCUUAACGUCUCUGGAUACUAUAGGGUUAACUAUGAUAACACCAACUGGGAACGUCUCCUUACUGAACUGAUCAGCAGUUCUGAGGUAAGCCAUUGAUGAACACAAUCUAUUUUCCAAAUAAUUCUCUAAUUAGAAAAAAUACAGAAAAAGUAAUUCAUGCUAAUGUUGGUGGUAUGGUUUUUGUGUAGUCUAUUCCAGUUAUCAACAGAGCUCAGUUGGUGGAUGAUGCUUUUAACCUUGCAAGGUGAGUACAUAGUUUACUGUAGGCGUGAUUUAAAGAGUAAUACUUGACAUUUUAUUCAUAAAUAGUAGGCCUAGAAGGAUUCUCAAUUAAUUUGUAUAUUUUCUCUGUAAAGGGCAAAAUAUAUUGACACAACAUUAGCCUUGCGAACAACGAAGUAUCUCAGAAAUGAAAGGGAAUAUAUGCCGUGGGAGUCAGCGCUUGACAACUUGGACUUUUUCUACCUCAUGUUUGAUCGGAGUGAAGUCUAUGGGGAUAUGCAGGUUGGUUUAUUUUCUAGAAAGGCAAUGCUGAAUAAUACAAGGAUGUUGCACACAAUAUUAUGGGCAGUAUACUAAACAAAAAAUGAUUGUGAAAUUACACUUUUUUUCAUGUUUGUUUUGAUCUUUUAGGCUUACCUAAAAUAUCAAGUAGAACCACUUUUUAAGUACUUCGGGGAUAUCACUGGAAACUGGAGUAAAGUACCCUCUGGACAUAUGGAACAGUGAGUAGAUCAAUAGCCUUAUAUUUCAUGAUAAUAAUAUUACAAUUUAUUUUAUUUUUGCUUUUACCCUGCCACGUCCAAACAAAAGUAACCUUUGCACAAUAUCACUAUGGCUUACCUAAGCUUGAAGGCCAAGACAAUCCUCUUACUCUACUCUCCGCUUACUUGUAUUUUCCACCCACAGGUACAACCAGGUGAAUGCCAUCAGGGUGGCCUGCAGCACUGGUAUGGAAGAGUGCCAGAUUCUGACUAAAGACUGGUACAGUCAGUGGAUGAAUGACGCUGCAAACAAUCCGUGAGUUCUGUAGGACUUGAAUGCAAUUCAGAUUCAUUUCUGAAUACCAUUACAGAUGUAGGAUCUUAAUCUGAGCCAGUUUGCUACAGUAGGAAAAUAAUCCUGUAACAACAGGAAAUGUAAAUUAUUAUGUGGAUUAUAAUUUUUGUAGGGGUUGAUAGAUUUUUCGUAAGGGAAAAUUACGUCUGAAAUGUCUAAAUGGAAAUGAUAAACUUCAGAAGCCAUUAGUGUUUUAAAUGUGUAAAUUAGUACAUUUUGUUAUUGUAAAUGUUUUACAUUUCCUCUGCAACAGGGUGAUCAAAUUAAGAUCCUACACCUGUAACAGUGAAUAUCAUGAUCUUUGAGUACCACAAAGCAUGAUAGAUGCUGAAAUAUUUAUAUAUUUUAUAUCCUAUUAGGAUACACCCCAACUUGAGGACGGCAGUGUACUGCAGUGCUAUUGCUGCAGGGGGGGCUGCGGAGUGGGAAUUUGGUUGGAAGCAGUUCAAGGCUGCCACCAUCGCUAUUGAGGCAGACAAGCUUCGAUCUGCCCUGGCCUGUACCAAGCAGCCCUGGCUACUCAACAAGUGAGUUGAAGUUUAUCCAGGCCAGACUAAAUAUUGUCAUGUUAAUCUGAAAUUGUGAUCUGUUAUUAGCCCUCCUGUAAGCGCCAGAGAGCAGCAAAGCAUUGAUUCUCUGCCUGGCAUCAAAAGGAGAAAUAUUAAAACAAUGCUUUAAAGAGACAAGUGUGUCUGACAUGAAUAUGAGGUGCUUCAAUGCCUCAUAUUGUCUUUGUACAUCCACGCCACAUUUAGGUACCUGGAAUACACCCUGGAUGCAACCAAAAUUCGCAAGCAGGAUGCCACCUCUACCAUUGUUUACAUUGCAAGCAAUGUGGUGGGCCAGUCUCUGGCCUGGGACUUUAUGAGAGACAGAUGGAGUUACAUCUUUACUCAGUGAGUUUGAGCUUUUAACACAUAUUGUAUUGAUUGUUUCAUUUUCAAAGUAAUUAUUUGUCACAUUUGGUACACUGAUAUUUGAUCUAACUCUUCACUAGAUGCUGUUCUCUAACUUUACCUCUUAUUCUGUCAUAGGUACGGUGGUGGAUCUUUCUCCUUCUCCAAUCUCAUCAAUGGUGUGACCAAGAGGUUCUCAACAGAAUUUGAGCUCAAACAGGUAAAAUGAAAGCUUAGGGGAUUUUUCAGCACGUAUUGCUCAAAAUGUUUGUAUUGGAAUACUAUGUGGACCCUGAAUAUUGAGGUUUCUAUACUAUACAAUAUAAGUUCAUGUUUCUCUUCGCUGUCACAGCUCAAGCAAUUCCAGGCGGACAACUCUGAGGUUGGCUUUGGCUCAGGUACCUUGGCAGUUUCACAGUCCAUUGAGAGGACAACAGCUAACAUCAAAUGGGUGGCAGAGAACAAGGACACAGUGCAGGCAUGGUUUAAAGCAGAGGCUCCUACAUCAUAAGGGUCACAUGGAGAAACAAACACUUGUCCAUUUACUUAUUUUCUAAGACCUAUCCAAAAGCUAUGUUCCCUGUGUCUCUUUAACAGUUAAGGACAAUUUUGAUUCUAAAGCUAUCCUGCCCCUUAAUCAGAAAUACUAUGUAUGAAUUUAAAUAUGCUUUUUCUAGCAAAGACUAAAUACAUUUUGAUACAUGCCUGCAUGCUGAAUAACUUUUUUUUUAAGGUUAUUUUUUAUCAUAGUAUAUUUUGCUUAAGUCAAUACUGUUAAUAUUUGUAGAUAUUUGAAGACAGUAACUGUCUACAAUGCUGAUUUGUUAUAAAACACUGUGGUUUAUUGUUGUGAAAAUAAUACACUUGUUUUACACUGCAUUCUUUUUGUAAUUGUGCUUCUUAUGGACUUUUACAUUACUGGAAAUAAACUGUUCUCCUUAUAAAAAGGGAAUACAUCAUUCUAUGAUAAUCAGAGGACUAUCACUCUGAAAUAGUCACUGGACAAACAUAUUUGAUUACAGUAGAUAUGGUAUCAAGUGCAUCUAAGUAUAGUGUAACACGUAUUGUAAUUACUCAUUACAAAUCAAAUCAAAUCAAAUGUUA